AUGGUUCUUCAACGUGCUCCACAAAAAGCAAUCGUAUGGGGUUAUGCUGAUGGCCAAAAUGUGUCGAUCAUUUUGAAGAUAAACAAGAAGAUUUAUCAUACGAACAGCUAUUUGUCAUCAAUUCAUUCAUCAAAUGAAAGUAUCUGGUCCGUGCCACUCGAUGCCGAAAGUGAAGAAGGUCCAUUCGAACUUGUUGCUAUACAAACAUUCUCAAAUGGAUCUCAAAUAUCGAUUAGUCUCCAUGAUGUUCUUUUUGGAGAUGUUUGGUUAUGCUCUGGUCAAUCGAAUAUGGAAAUGCCGGUGCGAAAAAUUUUUAAUGGUUCAAUUGAAAUUGAAAAUGCGGGAAAAUAUCCAAAAGUGAGAUUAUUUACAGCAUCAAGACAGCAAUCAACAAAACCUGAAGAAGAUCUUUUGGGUAUUGCACUCAAUUGGUCGAUUGCAUCGCCAAAAAGUGUUGGUAGCAUUUAUGCAUCAGCUGUAUGUUGGCUCUAUGGUCGAAUGAUUCAUCUAGGACUUGACGAUAAACGACCAAUCGGUCUUAUUCAUACAUCGUGGGGUGGUACAGCAAUUGAAAUGUGGUCACCACCUCAAGUAAUUAAAGAUUGUGAUAUUUUAAUAAAUAAGCGAAUAGAAUUUGGACAUAGCGAUGAAACAGAAUUGAAACCUAAUGUAAGAUUGAAUGAUUCAGUUUUAUAUAAUGCAAUGAUCUAUCCAUUUACACGUAUGGUUAUUAAAGGAGUGAUUUGGUAUCAAGGUGAAGCCAAUGUUAACUACAAUCGUGAUAAAUAUGGAUGUACAUUUCUUAAAAUGAUUCAGUAUUGGCGACGCCAAUGGCACAAUCGUACACAUUUCAUAACUGAUCCGAUAUUUCCAUUUGGUUUUGUUCAAUUAUCAACAAGAGAGACAACAGGCAAAAUGAUAGGUGGAUUUCCUUGGAUUCGAUGGCAUCAAACCUUUGACAUAGGAUAUACUCCUAACAAUGCUAUACCUAAUGUAUUUAUGGCAACAACUAUGGAUUUACGAGACGAUGAAGGAGGUAUUCAUCCUCGAACUAAACUUGAUGUUGGAUAUCGUCUAUCUCGAUCUGGUCUUGUCAUUGCUUAUAAUCAACAAGAUGUUAAUUACCAAGGACCAAUUAUGUGUUGUCAAGAAAAACAAAUAUGUAUGUCAAACGAGACAGUUUGGAUAGCUGCACCAGCAAAUUAUGCUCCAAGAUCACCUAUCACUGUCAAACUUAGAGUACCAAUAGUAUGCCUAUCUAAAUCAGUGCAUGGUGUUCGCUACUUAUGGAGAGAAACACCGUGUCAAUUUAAACAAGCUGCUGUCUAUAGUACAGCUGAUUCAAAUUUACCGGCUCCACCUUUUAUUCAAUUUUUUUAA